AUGAUGAAUUCCAACAACGAAGAAAACUUUUUGGAUUGUAUUGUGCAUCUUGAGGAUACCUUUCUUCAAGAAGGCUUCGAGGAGGGUUACGAAGCUGGUCUUGUCUCUGGUCGGGAAGACGCUCGUUAUCUUGGUCUCAAACUUGGUUUCGAGACAGGCGAGCUCCUCGGAUUCUACAAUGGCUGCUCUUCUCUCUGGAACUCUGCUCUCCGUCUCGAUCCCAAUCGAUUCUCUCCUCAGCUCCACAAGCAUCUCAACGAUUUCCAAAUCCUGCUCGCCAAGUUCCCGCUCUUGGAUCCCGAGGACGAAUCCAAAGACGAGAUCAAGGAUGAUCUCAGAAUCAAAUUCAACAUCAUCUGCGCAUCUCUCGGCGUAUCCAAGAAACAAUUCGGAUUCCCCAAGCCAUCCUCCAAUCUCGACUUCUGA